AUAAUAAUAAUAAUAAUAAUUAGUUUAUUUUUCACUUUCGCAGUCCAUGGACUGAAUUACAGUGACGGUCAAUUACGCAUACAUAUAAAUAUAUAAUUAACAUAUAAUUUACACAUGAUAUAUUGAUAAUUCACUCCAAGCCUGAGGUUGCAAACUUUACGCUAACAAAAUUUCCGAACCUGUCGGUUUUGGUUGCUAGAGUGACAUGGUCUUUAGGUCUUAAGUUGUAGUGCGAGGACUGGUUAAUUAUGCGUUUGUGUAUUAGGAGAUGGAGUGGAUUGUCAGGAGUGACCUUACGGAUAAACUUACUGCAUGCUAUUUUCCUGCGCUCCUCAAGGGUGGGAAUACCAGCCUUGGCCAGCGCGUCCGCAUAGGGGAUAAAUGGGAAUAUGAUAGCCAAAGCGCGCCUCUGGAUCCGCUCCAGAUCUUGCGAUAAAUAUUUUGGAAGGUUGGCAAAGACUACGCAUGCGUACUCCAGGAUAGAGCGCACGAGACAGCAGUAAAUGCUAACAAGGUCCCCUUGUGGGACACGACUCUUCUUGAGUUGCCUUAUUGCGUAAAGGCGCCUGUUAGCUUUCUUCACUACGUACUCGCAGUGAGCAGCCCAUGUCAGAUCGUUGGAAAUGUACACGCCGAGUAGCUUAAAUGAUGUCACUUAAAUGAAGCAAGAGCUUAAAAAAACUGCGAUGUUAACCGCCACUUUGCGCUUAGGUGCUGCUCCGUAAACAGUUGCAGUAAGGCUCAUUUACUAAUGGUCUAGUUUCACGUCUUAAAAAAGCAUCUAAGAGGGUAAUAGACAUGAAUUUCACAACAUAAAAUUAACGUGAAACUAUAGCGUGACAGCCACGUGGAUGGCGUGACAGUUCAGACCAUUACCAUGCCUACUUAGCAGAAGGAAGGCGUGCGUGACACUAAGAUCGGCUACUAAGCGGGCAUUACCACAGGAGACAUCGCUUGCAUUGCAAUCAAUCAAGUUACAUCUUCAGAGGCGACGUUCUACUUUUUUAUUAUACUGCUUAAAGAAUACUUGUUUGUAAUAGCAAGAUCACAUCCAUCGGAUGACAAGCCGUAUUUACAAGCACACCAGGCAAUCAGAUGUGCCCCACAGUCAUCUGCCUUAUGGAGGCUUGGGAAAUUACUCUGAAAGUAUGGAAACAGAAAGGGAAGUAAUAAACGAAGCAAUACCUCUGGCAGUCCAAGCCGCGCUAUCCUCAGCGCAUGAUGGCGGCGUGUUCACUAUUGUUGACUAUGGGUGCGCGGAUGGUGGUACGUCUAUGUCACUGAUGUACGCGAUAGUGAAGGCUCUGCGAGAGAGAUAUGGUGACAGUCUUCCUAUUCACGUUAUCUACGAAGAUCAACCAGUCAAUGACUUCAAGGGUUUGUUUAUGAGAAUGCAAGGGUUAAUACCUGGACCACCAAGUUACCUCCUAGACUUCAAGAAUGUCUUUGUAACCACGUGUGGAACAAGCUUUUACAGCCAGUGUCUACCUGACAAUAGCGUGACGUUUGGCUUUUCGUCUUCAUGCAUGCACUGGUUGCGUGACAAGCCUUGUGACAUCACAGGGGCGUUGUGUCACAUCAUGGGCACGGACGUGAAAGAAAAAGAAGCGUUCGCUCGCCAGGCUGCUAAGGACUGGGAGACCAUACUGCUUCACCGAGCUGCUGAGCUAAAAUCCGGUAGCAAGAUGGUCCUUGUUCAAAAUGUCCUGGAAGAUCAGGAACAGUCCCUUGCAAAUACUAGUAACAUGAAAGAGUCUUUUCUAGAAACUCUGACCACGCUAUGGCAAGGCCUGGUUACUGAUGGCACCAUCACCCAGGAUGAGUUUUUGAAAACAAACUUCAACUUGUACUGUCGAACAAUUAAAGAGUACAGAAAGCCCUUUGAGGACCCAGAAAGCCCCGUCAGAAAAGCAGGCCUGAACCUGGUCUCCAUGGAAACCAAGUUUGUACCCUGCUCGUCUCGACAAAAAUGGAUCCGCAUAGGAGACCCAACUGAGCAUGCGCGAAGAUUUGCAAGUGCUACUAGAGUUUGGAGUGAUAGUUCGUUCAAGGCAGGUCUUUCAGACAAAAGAACCUGUAAGGAAAAGGAAGCAAUUGUAGAUGAGCUGUUUCGAAGAUACGAAAGAGAGGUUGAGAAGAAUCCCGAGAACCAUUUCGCGGACCUCGUGCACUGCCAUAUGCUCAUCGAGAUGUCAGAGUAAACAUUCUGAUAGUGGCGUCUGCCAAGUUCCAGGUGUCCUACCGGGUAUCCUGUGCUAGGAUAUGAACUGAGUUGCGGCAUGUGGCCUGGGAAGAGCUCACUUACAGAAGAAAUGGUUUCCUCUGACGGCACAGAAGUCUUUGAAAAAAAAUAAAAAAAACAAUUGGUUUCCA